AGAUCUACCAAGCAAUACAGGAAAUGUCGCUGCAAAAUAUUUUUCCCAACAAGGAGCAGGGCUCCAAAGUCAUUGUUAAGCCUCGAUCGAUUACAGCCCCUCCACCAAGGAAUAUUAGUCUAUUUGAGAAUCAUGAGAAUCAUUCUUCAUAUCCAAAAUCGAACAUAUAUAUUCACCAGCCACAUCUCAAUCCUUUUCCGUUUAAAGCACCUUCAAUUGAGCAGAGACAAUUUGACCAACUUGAAAAUAUUAGAAUCAGAAAUAUAAACAAUGCUAAAGCUGCAGCUAUUAGUAAGCGACUUUCUGUUCCAAAACCACCCAAAACUACCAUCAAAGCACCAUCAGGACAAAAGCGAUAUCGUUCAAAACGCAGACGACCUGGCAAAGAACGCUUAGGACCUCGCAUCAAGGAAGACCAAGUAACUGGAAAGUCGACGACAAUCCAAGACGAUAUCACUACAAAAGCAUCCAGUAAGUAUCCUACGUUAUCGAAAGCAAGUAGCUGCACUACUUCGUUAAUCAAUAAGCAGACAACUUCAUCGUCCUCGAAUAAUCCACUAGCACGAACCAAGUUAGCAUCCGGAAAGCAACAAAAUCUCCACAAUAACAUUGGCCCAGAACCCUUAAGCCCUUCCACGCUAAUCCGGAAAGGACCACCUGUUCAAGUGCAAACCACUACGCAUCCGAAGAAGACAAUCUUAGCAACUUGCUCUUCACCAACAGCUUACUCAACUUACAAAAAUGCUGCGACUUCUUCUAGAAAUACAAAUAAUACCAGCAUACACGUCAUUAAAUCAAUGAAGAAAAGUACAACUAACACUAUAGCACCAAAGGGCAAGAACUGUGCUACUACAUCCUCAUCAUCCUCCUCAACUACCUUUGGAGUUAGCAAAUUCAGUGGUAACGAUGAAGCCCUUUUUCCGUCAAGGAGCAAAAGACAGCGAACAAAUGCGAACAAGAAGAAAAGGAAAGCACUAGAGCAAGCUACUACCACAUCCAAACUACCUUCGCCAGCUCCUCUUGCUGUCUCGACAUCCGUCUUUCCAGACAUGUCAGCUAACAUCAAAGCAGAGCAGAUAUCUAGACAAAUUGUGGACAGGCCUACUCGAGACAGUUUACUUGCUGCACAACCUGGCGACCAAACGACUCACCUACUACCACCGGUGCGCCUCUUACCAGCUGAAACUCCACGAUGCUCUAAAUCUGUAGAUCCUGGAGUACUACCAUUAGCACAACUAUUACCAGAACGCCUCUUACCGCCUGAAACGCCAAGAAGAAUACCUGA